CUGUGGUACAUCCUGUACGCGACGACACCCUUUACCUCGAACCUUUGAUCAUCGAUCAAAUUGCCAGACCCAUUUCUGUCGCAUACACAUCACAAUCGCAACAAUGCCAUCAUCUAAGGGAAAGCCAACAGACCCCAAGCUUCGGGAGAAGGUUAAGGAGGAGGUGAAGCAGAAGCCCAAUAAGGACGGCGGCGGCAAGGGCCAGAUGGCCGCAUGGAAGGCUGCAGAAAUCUCAAAGGAGUAUGAGAAGCAGGGUGGUGGUUACGAGAACGAGGCUGGCAGCAAGAACGAGCCUAAGAAGGGCGCACCAGAGGCCAAGUCUGACAGCAAGAAGAAGGCCGAGGAGAAGAAAGUAGAUAAGUCUGAUUCCAAGACCGAGAAGGCCGAAUCCAAAGAGGAAGAGAAGAGAGGUGAUGCUGAGGAGGAGCAGGAGGCUCCCGCAAGCGCGCAGAAGCCCAAAGCUAACGUAGGGAAGAAAGCUGAUAAGAAGUCCGAUGAAAAAGAGAGUGAUGAGAAAGCCGACACUAAAAAGAAAGCCGCACCUAAGAAGGCUGCCGCGCCGAAGAAAGAGAAGAAGGAGCCUCAGGAAGGUACCAGGCGAAGCACCCGAACCGCAGCGAAGAGAAACUCGCCCAUCAAGGAGGUCGACACCGAUGCCGACGAAGAAGAAGAUGAGGCACCAAAGAAGAAGAAGUCCAAGAAGUCCAAGUCUUAGAUUAGCUUUAUGUUGUUUCCUUCAUCGCUCGUCUCUUGUUGGAUAGCUGGGUCGCUCAGACGGGUGAAGGUCUGUUUCCACGUACACCCGUGAGAGGUCGUAACUAUUGCGCCUCCAUGAGGAUGGGAUGUAUUCGGUAGUUCUAUAUCUAGUUCAUAAUGAUAUCUCCCAAGCCAC